AUGGCUGGGUUAGGUAGUGGCGAGUUGAGAGUGCCGAUCUUCAACAACGAUAAUUAUGAAUUUUGGAGUAUAAGGAUGAAAAUCAUAUUCGAGUCUCAUGGGUUGUGGGAUUUGGUUGAAAAAGGGUUUGACAGCACAGAUUUAAAGAAGGCUGAUGAAUCCGAUGCAAAGAAGAAAGAAAAAGAAGAAUCAAGUGGUGCUGGGAAGAUGACUCUCACAGAGGUACUCAAGAAGGAUGCUAAGGCUCUUGGAAAGAAAAAGAAGAAAGAAAAAGAAGAAUCAAGUGGUGCUGGAAAGAUGACUCUCACAGAGGUACUCAAGAAGGAUGCUAAGGCUCUAGGAUUGAUUCAGGGAGCAGUUUCAGAUGAGAUAUAUUUCCUAGAAUUUCUCAUGAAGAAAUCUCAAAAGGCGCAUGGUACAUUCUACAACAAGAAUACCAUGGUGAUAAACAGGUUAGAAGUGUUAAAUUACAAGGUCUUCAUAGGGAUUUUGAAUAUACAAGAAUGA